AUGCAAAGUGGUGGACUAGGCGAUGGUCCUCAUACUGUUCCGUACCCGCGAGCCAUCGCCAAGGCAUUGGAAAGCCGUCCCGAGCUCAGCUUUUCCGUCUUCGAGUUCAGACUAAAGAGUUCUUUCAAUGGCUUUGGCUUUGUUCGUCUCGCGGACGACGUUGCCGAUAUAUCUGCGCUGGUCAAGUACCUACGCAGCAUUGGCAAGGAAAAGGUGGUAUUAAUUGGCCACUCGACUGGCUGCCAGGAUAUCAUGGAAUACACAUCGCCUGCGUAUUCUGAUAUUGCCGACGUCGAGGCUUUCAUUCUUCAGGCACCCGUUGCGGACCGCGGAGCUCUUGAGCUGGUACUGGGACGACAAUUGCUAGAUGAGAGUGUUAGAGUAGCCAAGGAACUCAUCGAUGCAGGCAAUGGUACUGCCAUUGUUCCCAUCAAGGAGACGCAAACCAUCUUUGGUAUCGUUUCGGCUCAGCGCUGGUACGCGCUAGCAGCACCCGAUGGCGAAGACAACUACUUCUCACCAGACCUUAUUGAUGCCGUGGCUGGAUCAUAUUGGUCGAGAAUCAAGAAGCCGUUGCUCAUCCUUCACUCGGGCUCAGACGAGUAUAUGCCUCCUACAGUCGACAAGACCAGCUUGAUCCAGAAGUGGAAGAGCCUCUGCCGUCCAGGUAUUGCUAGCGAUCUAUCUGGCUGCAUUCCCGGAGCAGACCACAGAGUGGAGACGGCAGACUCCGAGAAGUGGUUGGUUGAGACUGUCGUCAAAUUUUUGGACAACUUGAAAUAA